AUGAUCUUUACUCUCAUGUCCUCACGCCUGGUUGAAACGAUGAUGAUCAAUGUGGAGGAUUUCUCAGAGAGCUUUCUCACCUGCGGCACCUGCCUUUCUGGCUACGACUCGGCCGCUCACUCUGCUAAACUGCUUCCCUGCUCCCAUACGGUCUGCCGUACUUGCCUAGAACGUAUUCUCGAGACUCAGACAAUGCGUUGUCCAAUCUGCCGUGAGACGAUUCUGGUGCCGCGGGGCAGUGGUGGUGCAGCCACUUUCCCACCCGCCUUCAUUGUCAACCAACUCCUUGAUCUGAUGGCUAGCCAACGACGAGAUCGCGUGCCCAAGUGCCGUCGACACCCUAAUCAGGAGUUGCUCUUCUGCGAAACCUGUGAUGUCAUCUUCUGCCCUGAUUGUCGUGGUGGUAGCACCAGGUCAGAGUCUCUUUUAUCUCCAUUUCACGUAGGUGUGAUUCGUCUGCCAAAUGGAGAGGUUAGAAAGUACAAGGGAGAGCAGGUGUGUUCUAUUAUGUCCUUAUUAGUCAUUCCGCGAGAGAGAUUAUAUCACGAAGAUAAAAGCAUGCGAACUCUAAAUACUCUCAAAAGGCAGGGGUUGACAAACGAUGACAGAUUUUUUGGCUCAUUGCCACUAUUAACAUCAACUUUUUGCGCUCGAAGGGUAAAAUGGCUCCCCCAUUUAAAUUGUCACUAA